UGCACUUGGAAGGAGCAGCAAAACCUUCUGUCAAGCUCCCCUUCUCCUCGUAUGCAACAACUGCUCCCCUGCUGAGGGAGUCCAGGUGCACACCAGCAUUGCAGCCCUGGUGGCACACGCCUGCAUGCAGAGUGACCCGUGUGUGCAGCCUUCCCCACACCAGGAAGAGAGUGCCACGUUCACAUCCUGUUCGCCUCUUCUCAGAGCCACCCCUCCCCACUGGUGGGACAGUGCAUGGCAUGGCCAGUGGCUGGGGCCUGAGGGCAGGGACAUGGACAUCAUCCCAGGCUCUUGGAAUGCAUCCUUUGGGGGACUGGGAACUGGGAGUGGGCCCCUCUCUGGCCCCUGGUACAGCACACACAAGACUCAGCUCUUGGGAGUUUUACUUGCUGCUGCUUCAAAUUUUCUCAUUAGUGUCUCUUUGAAUAUACAGAAAUGCGCUCAUCGCCGACUGGUUUGCCGAGCAGAGCAGAAGCCUUACUACACGAGCAAGCUAUGGUGGUGUGGGAUUGCCCUCCUAGGGCUUGGAGAGGUGGGCAAUUUCACAGCCUAUGGAUUCGCCCCCAUUGCUCUUGUUGCUCCACUGGGAUGUGUUUCUGUUAUAGGUAGUGCAUUUAUUUCUGUCUUUUUCCUAAAGAAGACCAUGAGGACUGCUGAUAUAUUGGGAGGAACACUGACUAUAACAGGGAUAUACUUGUUGGUGACAUUCACUCCAAGUGUACCUCAAGAGCUCACAGCACGACAAGUACAGAAUUACUUAGUCAGCUGGCCUUUUUUGGUAUAUUCAAUUUUAGAAAUUAUAAUAUUCUGCAUUCUCCUCUAUUUUUACAAAAGAAAGGCUGUGAAACACAUCGUGGUUUUGUUAAUGAUGGUAGCACUACUGGCAUCACUGACUGUCAUUGCUGUUAAGGCUGUGUCCAGCAUGAUAGCACUUUCUGUGAAGGGAAAAAUGCAGCUAACUUACUCCGUUUUCUAUAUGAUGAUUGUUUUAAUGGCAGCUUCUUGUGCUUUCCAGAUCAAGUUCUUGAAUCAAGCAGUGCAUCUGUAUGAAGCAACAGCAGUUGUCCCCAUUAAUUUUGUGUUCUUCACCACCAGUGCCACCAUUUCAGGGGUCAUAUUUUAUCGGGAAUUCCAAAGUGCAGCUUUACUGAGUGUGUUCAUGUUUCUGUUCGGGUGUCUCUUAUCUUUCCUUGGUGUGAUUAUAAUUGCAAGAAAUAAAAAAGAGGAGCAUUUACAAAUUCCUUUUAUUGACUGUGGACAUAUUCCUGGACAAAAAUUGACAGGCAAAAUACAACCAGAUUCUCACAGUUCAUGCUAUGGCACCCAGAAUAAGGAAGAUGAUUCGGUGAAAAGGCAAAGCUGAAAGAAGAAAGCACUUUACAUGCCAGUUAGCAGGAGGAACGCCACUGGAACAAGGAUCAGUAGCACCUUUUUGUUGAACCUAUUCAAGUAUACAUUAAACUCCUGUAUGUUGAUGAGUCAUAGUAUUAUUUGAUCCUAAUUAAUUUAUCCCAUGAUUGUACCAAAUGUAUUCUAAAGAUAAAGGAAGCCUUAACAAAAAUGAAAUAACCAUUAAUGAAAUGGAAUGUUCUCCUAGUAUCAAUGCCUCUUGAGGACAUUUUUAGAGUUUUAACUGCUUUUAAAUGCAGUAAGCACAGAACAGGAUUAUAAAAAUUACCCUUUGGAACCCCUCAGAUUUGUGUAAAUGUUUAAAGACAAAGGUGAGAAAUGAGAAUUUUCCUAAGUGAUUUCAAAGUAUUCUCCUACAUGUAUAAUCCCUUUUAAACCUGUUCCUUCCUGUUCAGGAGUCAAAACUGUGAGCACAUAUGCAGUAGACACAAAUAGGUACACAAAAAGGAUUUUGUAUUAUGUGUAGAGGAACAAUCCUAAUUAUCUCCUACCAUCAGAUUAAUUCUCUUAUCUUCCAAGGAAGUAAGUACUUGUGUGGGGAGCAGGAAGAUAGUAUUUGCCAUAAACACAGGCACGUGGGCACACGCACACACUUGAGGUGCCCAGCCAAGGCAGGACAAGGGUACUAUACUUGACAUGUUUCAUCCUUCCAGAGGAGUCCUGUGCACUGGGCUGGACUGGGCUGGGCUCUACAGUCUGUUAGCAUAGUCUGGUCUGAGUUUUAGCUUCUCCUUUCAGCAAAAGAAGGUCUUAGUGAAGAAAAUGCAUAGUUCUUCAGAGGAAGGGGGGUAGCCAGGAUCCCUCUCUUGGUAUGGCUUGGAAAAAUACCCCUAAAAAAAGAAAAGUAGGGCAAAUCCUGUUACCACUGGUAAUUUUGCAUGAGGAAAGGCUGUAGAAAACAGGAUCACAAAGAGUCACAGUAACUGUACAGUUUCCCCUUCAUUAAAUGGUAGUGUCUCCACUCUGAUUUGAAGAGCAAGCAGUGAUGGGAACCAUGGCAGUACAGGCUUUGUGUUCAGAUUUGGGACAUCUUGGUGUCCCUCCAUCCCAGUGUCCCAUCAGAAAAACUUCUUCUAGACAUUCAUCUUGGGUCCACUUAACCCUGCCUGGUAGUACUGAUCCACCUCAGGCAGCACUGUGGGGGUCAGACACAUCCUCUGCAUAAACAAGUGAAAGCACUCUUGAAAAGUGUUCAUAUCUUGUUUAGGAUUGAGUUAAUCUGCAGUAAUCGGUAGGGGCCAUAGAUCGUGCGUAUUUUGUUUCAAGUCUCCUUUUUUUUCCUCAAAUAUUUAUUUAUUUUUAAAAUAGGUACAGCUGAAGAUCCAUAAGACAGUUUUAUUUCAAAUGCUGCAAAGCACACACAGAGCUGCAGUAUUUCAUGUGCAGCAAUGUCCCAGGAACUAUGGCAUCUGGGGACUUGUAAAGCUGUUUUUUAAUAUGGGUCUUUUCCAGCUGACACAGGACAAGACUCUGUGUCUGCACCUUCCUUGUACCAGCUGCCUGGCUUGGCCUUCUUUUCCUGUCUUACAUCUUGAGUUCAAGUUUCUAAAACUUAAAAUAAAAAAAAAAAGCACAUGACUUUCCCAAGCUUUCUUGAGGGAGUAAGGGCAUGCCUCUCUCUUUCUUUUGCAAGUCAAAUUUAAGCUGCUUUCUAAGUCUCAAGUGAGAGUAUGUGCUAAAAUUGGAAAUAAGAGGUCUACAGGUUUUCAUUCUGUGACCUGGGAAACAAAUGGGUGAAAGAAUUUAGUAUUGUUGCUUUUUUAAAUUAUUGGCCUUGGGCAUCUUUCCGAAAUCUGUUUCCAUGGCUCAGGAGGGCUGCAGGAGGUAAUAAAGGUUACCGAGUACAGGAUUUUCUCUUUAAAGCAAGAAAUCAAAUGUAAAAAUCUGUGGCAAAAGUUAUUACUUAUUUUAAAUCACUGUAUUUCUUCUUGAACAAUAUUUUUUUCUUCCUAUGGGUUUAUUUAAAAAUUAGAAGGGUUAAAAUGUUUUAUUUUAACUCUAGUGUAUUUCAAAAUAAUUUGUGGACCAAAACACUGGUAGAAAUUAUGUGCAAUUAAAAGUUGUGAUUUGACAUGA